AUGAAGUUUCCAAGCAUCGCCUUGACCCUACUUUUUGCUUCUGGCUCUCUUGCAGCCAUGGGCACAGCUACACGGCGUGCCCGAAAUCUUGAAAAGAUAGCUGAACGCGCCGGCAACCCUCGACAAUCCCUACCAAAGUCUCCCGUUAUCGACUCUACAGACUUUGAAGAACCAGACAAUUCCACUCAUGUAGAGUAUUCUAGCAAUUGGGCUGGAGCCGUUCUCAUAGGAACAGGAUACAACUCUGUCACGGCCACUAUCAAUGUUCCAAAGCCCAGCAUUCCGUCAGGUGGUUCCUCUAAGACCACCUACUAUGCCUCUGCUUGGGUUGGUAUCGAUGGAGAUACUUGUGACACCGCAAUCCUCCAAACAGGGAUUGAUGUUGGUGUCCAGGGAAGCUCAUACGUUUAUGAGGCUUGGUAUGAGUGGUAUCCAGACUAUUCAUAUACCUUCUCCGGCUUCUCUCUAUCAGCUGGGGACUCUGUCCAGAUCACCGUCAAGGCAACAUCCAGCAGUGCUGGCACGGCAACCAUUAGUAACUUGUCAACUGGGAAAUCUGUCAGUCAUUCAUUCAGCGGAGAAUCAAACAAGCUGUGCGAAUACAACGCAGAGUGGAUUGUUGAAGACUUUUCGUCUGGCAACAGCCUUGUUCCGUUUGCUAAUUUCGGCGAGUUUGUUUUCACCGGCGCCUCGGCUACCACAACCAGCGGCACAACUGUUGGGGUUUCAGGAUCAACAAUCAUGGAUAUUAAACAGAACAGCAAGGUCUUGACCUCGUGUGGAGUUUCUGGAAGUAACGAGGUUUACUGUGAUUACACCGGUUGA